AUGCCUCCAAAUGUUAAGCGGCUGAUAUUGACAACUGCGGUCGUCUCAAUCACGAUCACGGGCACUCUCUAUGGAGCUGGUUUGAAAACGAAUGAGGAAAUUGCCCAGACAAAGAAAAGGCAAGAAGAAUCGACUUUCGAUGAGCAAUACAGAGCUCUCCAGGGCAUGAGAUCGAAUCUCGUUGCCCGGAAAGGCAUACUCGAGAACCAAAUACAAGACUUGGAUGCACGGGUGCUGGAAAAGCAACAGAAGGGAAUCAGCAAGGAGGAUAAAGAGCAGCCGCCAGGUGGACGAUGA